AUGUCAUUAAUACGACCUCUCUUUCUCGGCUUGGCGUCUGCCGCAGCCCUCAUCUUACCAUCUGCAGCGCAAAACAGCAGCACCGUUGUCUCUAUCCCUACCGAGUACACCUACCUACUUCCAGCGCCGUUUGAGGGUAACCCAGCCUUCAGCUUCCUCAACAGUACCACCACCUCAGACGAAGAGGUCAACACUCUCCUUCAGUCUGCUAAGACUGCACCGUUUGUGUCCUAUGACAACGAGUUCCUUGCCCUGCUCGGCCCGAAUCCAUCUGCAAACCUCGUCGAGGAGCGAGCCUUGAACUUCGCUGGUGAAACCGGCGUUUGGCUCAAAGAGCGCAAUGAAGUCUGGUACACCACUUGGAUUAACGACGGAGCAACUCAUGUCGAGAUUCUCGAUCUGGCCAAUGGCACCACCCGCAACCUGACCACCUCCAUCCCACUUGAGAACCCCAACGGUGGUUGUUAUCACCAAGGUCUCGUCUACUUCACCUCUCUCCGUGAUGACACCCGCAACUUCAGUGGUGGUGUUUACUCCGUCGAUCCUAGCACGGGUGAGGCCAAGGUAAUUUUGAAUUCGUACAUGGGCCUAAAGUUCGACGCCAUCGAAGAUGUCGCUUGGGUCACGCAACCAGGGACCAACCGCUCAUUCAUGUACAUCACUGUUUUGCCUUCCGCUGUCGGCACUUUGACCAACGGUCUUGCCCAAGGUCUCUGGAGAUUCGACCCAAUCUCCAAGAUUCUUGCGCCCGUUAUCAGCCGAACCGAUUUUCCCGUCGCAAACGAUGUCCGUCCUUCUGUGGACCAGAAGUCCAUCUACAUCACCGAUUUCGGUGGAACCCCCCAUGUUCCUGUGUGGGGCCUUCCAGCCCAAGUUGGAAUUCCCGGCGUUUAG